UCGUCCUCUUCUCUCUCUUUCUCUCUAUCCCCCCAUUGAUUUCCCCCAAAUCUACUCCCCCCUCUCUCGAUCCGAAUCCACUCUCUAGCUAUAUAAUUAUUAUUAUUAUUUGAAUUAAUUACGAAGUUUCAAUUCGGAUAGGCGAAAUUUGUUGUAAAAAUUGGAAUUUUUUUGGUGUAAUUUUUGUAGAUCUCAUCGUUUCUGCGAGGGAAUUGGGGAUUUGGUAGGGCUCUCGGGUUCAAUUAGGGUUCCGGCGGAUCCGAUGUCGUCUUCUCCGGCGACGGCGACGGCGACGUCGUACUGGUGCUACAACUGCAGCCGCUUCGUUAGGGUUUGGCCACAGGACGCCAUCGUGUGCCCCGAGUGCGACGGAGGGUUCCUCGAGGAGGUGCUCGACGCGCCUCUCCCCCGCCCCGUCCCCGACCUCCAUCACCUCCACCACCACCACCACCACCGCGCCGCCGCGCUCGGGCACCGCCGCGGCCGCCGCGCAGCGGCCGGGGACCGCUCCCCCUUCAACCCGGUCAUCGUCUUCCGCAGCCCCGGAAGCAGCCGCCGCCGCGCCACGGCGGAGAGUGGUGGCGGUGGCAGCAGCUUCGAGCUCUACUACGACGACGGCGCCGGUUCCGGGCUCCGCCCUUUACCGGAGAGCAUGUCCGAGUUCCUCAUGGGCUCGGGAUUCGAGCGCCUCCUCGACCAGCUCGCGCAGAUCGAGCUCGGCGGGCUCGGAGCGGGGCGAGGGUUCGAGAACCCUCCCGCAUCGAAGGCGGCGAUCGAGUCCAUGCCCACGGUAAUAAUCUCCUCCCGCCAUAUCCUAACCGAUUCCCACUGCGCCGUGUGCACGGAGGCCUUUGAGCUCGAAUCCGAGGCGCGGGAGAUGCCCUGCAAACACAUCUACCACCAAGAUUGCAUCUUGCCGUGGCUCGCGCUCCGGAACUCUUGCCCUGUGUGCCGCCAUGAGUUGCCCGCAGAGAGCGGAGGCGCCGGUGGGAUUGGAAACGCGGCGGUAAACGAGGAUGGGGAGGGGGAAACUAUGGGGCUCACUGUGUGGAGGCUCCCUGGUGGCGGCUUCGCUGUGGGGAGGUUUUCCGGGGGAAGAAGAGCAGGGGACAGGGAGCUUCCGGUUGUUUAUACCGAAGUAGAUGGUGGGUUCAACAACAGUGGUGAGCCGCGAAGGAUUUCGUGGUCUUCUAGAGGGAGGAGAGAGAGGGAGGAGGGUCUGAUAAGCCGGAUGUUCCGAAACCUCUUUGCUUGCUUCAGCCACUCACGGUCUCCGUCAUCGUCUCCUUCUUCUUCUUCUAGUAUGCCACAAAGAAGUAGGAGUUCACGAAGCCGGAACAUGACUUGGGGAGUGGAAGAGGGGAAUGCAAAUACUAUGGCCAGAUGGUGAAAGAAAUUGGCCCCCUCUGCGUGUGUGACCUAAAUUCUAUUGUAAAUAGAAUGGACCUGAAAAUUGCAAGAUAUCUUGAUUCUAUUUCUUUAAGAAAUUGGCGAAGAAAUUUUUCAUGGUGAUUAUUUGGAAGGUUAAGGAAAUGAAGGAUCUUAACUGUAAUGGGCCUUUCCAUACGAGGAAGGUAUUUGUAGAACUUUUGCUUAUUGCAGUGUGGGAAGAAGAAAUUCAUUUAAUUCACUAUGUAAUUUUGCAUGUACAUCAUGUUGUGCCAUCUUUUCCUCUUGUAAGAAAGUUUUGACUACGCCCGUACUUUCUUAGUAAGCACAGAAUACACUGGAUGAAUGUUUCCUUGUGAACGAUAAGCGCAUGCUUGAGCUGCAGACCUCUUUGAGCUUGGAAUGGAUGAAAUUUUGUGGUAGAAACUUGUGCAAUUGUUUCAUCUUUCUCUAGUCUCUACCAUUAUGUUUGUAAAUGGUUGAUCUUCAAUUCGUGUAAAUCGGGAAGACGAUGUUGAUCUUAUAUAUGUUGAAGAUUGCGAUA